ACGAGGAAUGUGAAUAGCGUCCGGCUUCUUCGUCUUUUCCGUGGGUCGUAGUGAGAAGCAAUAAACCAGUGAGAAGCUUCAAUCUUCAGAAGGGAGAGGGGGUGGCUAGAGAGAGAGAUUUCGAGGGAGAGCACCUGUAAGGUCGUCACCGGUUGAGGAAGAAGUCGAUAUUCGUUCGGACCCCGAGGUAGAGAUUAAUCUGCUGGUUUGAGGAUUGAAGAGGUAGAGGUCGCUGAAGUGCUGAGAAGCAUCAAUCGCAUUGCUGUCAUGGAGGAGGUUGGCGAAGUAACUGUGACUGCGACAAACGAAGGAGGGCCAAGUGAAGAAGUGAAGAAUGGCUACAUGUUGUUUAGACGAGAAUUUCUUAAGGGUGGGGAGAAGUUUAAGAAUAUGUCUGAACAAGCGAAAAAGGCAUCAAAGGCAUGGAAGCAGUUGACACCAGAGGAGCAGAAGAAAUACAGUGAUAGGGUGAAGCAAUCAAGAAAGGAAGGGAUGAAGAAGAAGAGGAAGAAAAAAGUGGCUUUUAGCACUCGUUGCUCGGUUCGGCAAUUUAAGUCAUUAGUGGACUUCAUAAAAGAUGAUGAAGAUUUGAAAGUGAGGGUACAAAAUUUAGGCUUUGGCCAUUUACUUGACAUUGGAUGUGAGAGACUCCCUCGUGACCUCAUAGUAUGUGUUCUCCGAGCAUAUGAUCCGCCUACCCAUCAAUUUCUAAUAAGAGGGAUAAUAAAGGAAAUAGAAGCAAAUGAUGUUGCAAACUUGUUGGGUGUACCCCACACAGGGGAGAAGGUAAAAAUGGACGUAUGUGAUGAUGAUGAGACAUACCAGAGUUGA